CACAAGCUGAAGAAGUGACGGUUACUAAGUAACAAGCUAAUAAGCCGACCCUGCCCUUAAUUCCUGAGGCAGGCUUGGUAUGUCCAAACCUCACAUCCGCAGUAGAACAUAGUGAAGUUUGCCGUCCCAGGACCAUAUCUCCCGAAUGAUUAUAUGACCUUCUCUCCCUUAGCUUCUCUGAGGGAAACGUUUGAUCACACGUCCCCCAUAUCCUCCCCUCCUGAUCGGUCAGGAUCUUCUGAGGUUCCUCCCGGGUCUUCCCCACUGCCCCCUUCCCUUCUUCAACCUUUGUCAGCGGCGCGGCGGCGUCGGCAGCAGCCAUGAACUGGUCCUCCCUGGAGGGGCUCCUCAGCGGGGUCAACCAGUACUCCACGGGCUUCGGCCGCAUCUGGCUCUCCAUGGUCUUCAUCUUCCGCGUGAUGGUGUUCGUGGUGGCCGCGCAGCGCGUGUGGGGCGACGAGAACAAGGACUUUGUGUGCAACACCCUCCAGCCGGGCUGCAACAACGUGUGCUACGACAGCAUCUUCCCCAUCUCCCACAUCCGCCUGUGGGCCAUGCAGCUCAUCUUCGUCACCUGCCCGUCGCUGAUGGUGGUGGGCCACGUGGAGUACCGCAAGAAGAAAGACCUGCAGUACACCACCUCUCACGAGGGCCAUCACCUCUACGCCAACCCGGGGAAGAAGCGCGGGGGGCUUUGGUGGACGUAUCUGCUCAGUCUGAUCUUCAAGGCAGGAUUCGACGCCGCCUUCCUCUACAUCCUCUACUACAUCUACGAGGGCUACGACAUGCCCAGCCUCUCGAAGUGCAACCUGGCGCCCUGCCCCAACGUGGUCGACUGCUACAUCUCCCGGCCCACCGAGAAGAAGAUCUUCACCCUGUUCAUGGUGAUCUCCUCCAGCUUGUGCGUGCUCAUGUGCAUCUGUGAGAUGGUGUACCUCAUCUUCAAGCGCAUCCAAAAGCUACUGGUGAAGAAGAGGGAGGCGGACAGUAGGUUGUUCGCCGAACGCCACGAGAUGAAGCCGCUGGCCCGGCCGCGGUCGGACUUCAGGUCGAAGAUGUCCAUCCGGGUGGACCCCACGAACACGGCGUCCAUACAGAACCUGAGCAACACAAAAAGAGAGGAGGCGCCCCCUAAGAAAAAGUGAAGAGGAGGACGAGGAAGGGAGGGAGAGGCCGUGGAAGAGAGCGAAUGAGUCAGGGAGCUGCUGUGCAGCCUUGAGGUUAACUUUGAGCAGACUCUGUGGAGGAGAUUUCAAAACAAACUCAGAAAACUCUGAAAAUCUUCCGCCCAAACUUUUUCCAUUAAUUUCAUGCUAAAUGAUAUAGAAUACAUGAAAAAAUAAACACUGCACUCAAAGAAAUGAAGGGGAUAAUAAAAGGGAAUGAAAUGGGAAAAAAAUAUUUUAACCCCAUCAUUCAUUGUUGGAAAGGUUUGGUAGUUAUCUGCAAACAAAAGGAUUGCUUGUUUGAAAAUUACUAUUCUUGUA